AUGCCGCUCAAGGCUAUAAAUACUGCACACGCUCCGGACGUCGCUAUUUUGUGUCUGAAAAUCGAAAUGCGUUGGAAAGUGCUGUCAGAUUGUCUGCUUAUUCUCGUAGUCUGCCUUUGUGUGGACUGCAAACGCCGUAAGGUAGCUGGUCGGAUGUGGAGUCCCAUUGUGGAAAAAAACGAAGAGAUUCUAAAACCGAUUAAGAGUUUUUAUGGAGAUUCGCACCUUUUUAACCUCCCUACGGUUCAAUAUUCACACAGUUUUGAAUUUCCUAGUGCCAAAGUGACGCAGAAGAGACAACAGACUUUUUCUUUUGACAAGUCCAGUAUAGGGAGUAUUGGUAAAGUAUUUGGGCUGCCUAAAGGUAAAAGUACCACGCACCACCGGACUUUCACUUACACGCAACCUAGUUUCGGGAGUAGUGGAAGUUUAUUUGAUGGUAAACUAUUUCCUAAUGGUGCAAGUACCAAAAACACACAUCGAACUUCCUACUAUUCCGACUUAAGUUUAGGUAAUCAUAAAGUAUAUGACUAUCAGAAUGGUGCAAGUACCAUGAACACAAAAUACGAAGCUCCCUCUUAUUCCACAUCUAGUACUAUUCCAGGUUCAGUUGGUGGUACAGGAUAUCAGUCUCCUAAUAGUCAAAGUACCAGUACCAUACAACUUCAAACUCCCUCUCAUUCCAAAUCAGACAAUAGUGCACAAGGUGACUUUGGUAUUAAGAUAAACCUGAGCGGUCCAUACAGACCAAAAAAACGUGCCACACAAUAUGGCAAACCCUUAAGCUAUAAACGAGGAUUUACCAAUGGAGGUUCGAGCAAAAGACAUUCACAUAAGACAAUAAAGAAAGCUGGAGCAGGAUCCGAAAAUACCAAGAUAUUUGGUAAAUCUAAACCACCAUCGAGUCGAAAAACUAGGACGAGUUGGAAGUUUAUAAGAACACAAGUUUUACCGUCUAAGAGAUCUAUGACUACCACUAGAACCAGUACAAUAGGGCUUAAAAGGUCAAUGAGCGGAAAACCCGCAAAAGGUGACGAUAACUCAAAGAACAAUAAAGCCGAAUCAGAAUCAGAACUAGCCAAAAAAGAAGAUGAUGAAAGUUCAAAGAGUUUAUCCGAUGAGAUGGAUGGCGAAGAUGACGGAAACGAAGACAAUUCUGAAUCAGAAUCAACGAAAAAAGAUCAUGAUGAUGACAAGUCAAAGAGUGGAUCCGAUGAGGCGAGCGGUGAAGUUAACGAAAACGAAGACAACUCUGAAUCAGAAUCAACGAAAGAAGAUGAUGGUGGUGAAAAGUCAAAGAGUGGAUCCGAUAAGGUGAACGGUGAAGAUGACGGAAACGAAAAGAAUUCUGAAUCAGAAUCGACGAAAGAAGAUGAUGAUGAUGAUGAAAAGUCAAAGAGUGGCUCUGAUGCGGUGAAAGGUGAAGAUAGCGAAAACGAAGAUUCUAAAUCAGAAUCAACCAAAAAUGAUGAUGAAGAAUCGAAGAGUGGAUCUGACGAAGGGAACAGUGAAGGCGACGAAAACGAAGAUUCUAAAUCUGAAUCAACCAAAAAUGAUGAUGAAGAAUCGAAGAGUGGAUCUGACGAAGGGAACAGUGAAGGCGACGAAAACGAAGAUUCUAAAUCUGAAUCAACCAAAAAUGAUGAUGAAGAAUCGAAGAGUGGAUCUGACGAAGGGAACAGUGAAGGCAACGAAAACGAAGAUUCUAAAUCUGAAUCAACCGAAGAUGAUGAAAAGUCAAAGAGUGGAUCCGAUGUGGUGAACGGUGAAGAGGACGAAAACGAAGAUUCUAAAUCAGAAUCAACCGAAGAUGAUGAUGAAAAGUCAAAGAGUGGAUCCGAUGAGGCGAAAGGUGAAGACGACGAAAACGACGAUUCUAAAUCAGAAUCAACCGAAGAUGACGAUGAAAAGUCAAAGAGUGGAUCCGAUGAGGCGAAAGGUGAAGACGACGAAAACGAAGAUUCUAAAUCAGAAUCAACCGAAGAUGACGAUGAAGAAUCGAAGAGUGGAUCUGACGCAGUGAACAGUGAAAGCGACGAAAACGAAGACAAAAAUUCUGAGUCAGAUUCAACGAAAGAAGACGAAGAAUCGAAGAGUGGAUCCGACCAAGUGAACAAUGAAGACGAAAACGAAGAUUCUAAAUCAGAAUCAACCGAAGAUGACGAUGAAGAAUCGAAGGGUGGAUCCGACGAAAUGAACAAUGAAGACGAAAACGAAGAUUCUAAAUCAGAAUCAACUGAAGAUGACGAUGAAGAAUCGAAGGGUGGACCUGACGAAGUGAACAGUAAAGACGACGAAAACGAAGAUUCUAAAUCAGAAUCAACCAAUGAAGAUGAUGAUGAAGAGUCAAAGAGUGGCUCCGAUGACGUAAAAGGUGAAGAUGACGAAAACGAAGACAAUUCUGAGUCAGAAUCAACCAAAGAAGAAAGUUCGAUGAAUGAAUCCGGUCAAGCGGAUGACACUUCUGACUCAGAAUCAGAACAGGGUGAUGAAAAUUCGGAGAGUGAAUUUGAAGACGGCGAAAACGAAGGUGAAGACAAUAGUUCUGAGUCAAAGUCAGACGAAAAAGAAGAUGAAGUUUCAGAGAGUGGAUCUGAAUCUGGCGAAGAAGCAGAUGGUAAGCAAAAUUCGAAGAAUGGGAAGAACAAGGGUUCGUCUGGAACUAGUAGCCAGCGCAACACCUACUACAGUGACUGCGAGGCGGCGCAGAAGGCUGGAAACUCCAAGUCAGGAAUUUUCUUCAUUUCGCCACAGCACUCACAGAAACCGUUUUUGGUUAAAUGCGACAUGGAAACUGCCGGGGGUGGCUGGACUUACAUUAUAAACAGAGGUAACGCCACUCAGCCUUUUAACCUCUCAUGGAAGGACUACAAGUUAGGGUUUGGGAACGUCGCAGACGAAUUCUGGUUAGGUUUGGACAAAAUUCACUCGUUGACAGGUUACAAGGUCCACCAGUUGUUGGUACAACUUAUCAACUGGAACAAUCGACCCAGUUACGCGUUUUACAAAAAAUUUAGCCUCGGAGGCCCCGAUGAGGGUUACCCUAUAAAAAUUUUAGCCGGAUAUAGUGGUACCGCUGGAGACUCUUUGCACCGCAACACUGGCGUCAAAUUCAGUACGACCGACCAAGAUCACAGUUUGUCAAACUGCGCUAGCCAAUUCGGUGGAGGAUGGUGGUACAAGCAUUGUAUAGACAAUUCGCUUACUGGAGAGCUACCGAAUAGGGUAUUUUGGGGCGACCCCGGAAACACUUUCAAAGAGAUUCAAAUGUUGAUCAAGCCACUACCGUUUGAAUAUGGAAAUGAAAAAUGUGUGAUUUAA